AUGCCUUUCACCAAGCUUGUCAAGAACUCUCCCUACUUCUCCAGAUUCCAGACCAAGUACAAGCGCAGAAGAGCGGGAAAGACCGACUACUAUGCCCGAAAGCGACUGGUGACCCAGGCAAAGAACAAGUACAAUGCACCCAAGUACCGGCUCGUCGUCCGCUUCACCAACCGCGACAUCAUCACCCAAUUGGUCACUGCCGAACUCACCGGCGACAAGGUCUUCGUUGCGGCCUACGCCCAUGAGCUCAAGAGAUAUGGUAUCCAGAACGGUCUGACCAACUGGUCUGCCGCAUACGCCACCGGCCUUUUGCUCGCUCGACGCGCACUCAAGAAGCUCGGCCUGGAUGAAGACUUCACCGGUGUCGAAGAGGCGGAUGGUGAAUUCAAGCUUACCGAAGCUGCCGAGGGUGAGGAUGGCGAGGAGCGUCGCCCAUUCAAGGCCUUCCUCGAUGUUGGUCUUCACCGAACUUCCACCGGUGCCCGUGUCUUCGGUGCACUGAAGGGUGCCUCUGAUGGCGGUCUUUACAUCCCUCACAACGAGAAGCGUUUCCCCGGCUACGACCCAGAGAGCAAGGAACUCGAUGCCGAACUCCUUCGCAAGUACAUCUUCGGGGGCCACGUCGCAGAAUACAUGGAGACUCUCGCCGAUGAUGACGAGGAACGUUACAAGUCUCAGUUCUCCAAGUACAUUGAGAACGACAUCGAGGCUGAUGGUCUUGAGGAGCUCUACUCAGAAGCCCACGCCGCCAUCCGAGAAGACCCAUUCAAGAAAGACGAAGAUGAAGGCGACAAGAAGACCAAGGAGGAAUGGAAGGCCGAGGGCAAGAAGUACAAGGUCGGCAAGUUAUCCAAGGAGGAGAAGAGCAAGAGAAUCGAGGAGAAGAUCGCCGCUCUUGCUUCUUGA